CCUCUGCUCCCGCUGCUGCCGUGGCCCCUCUCCGCGCGGCCCUCCGCGCUUCGUGCCCGCCGAGCCCGCCGCUCCCCGGCCCAUGUACUGGAAGCAUGAGAACGCCGCCCCGGCGCUGCCCGAGGGCUGCCGGCUGCCGGCCGAGGGCGGCCCCGCCACCGACCAGGUGAUGGCCCAGCCAGGGUCCGGCUGCAAAGCGACCACCCGCUGCCUUGAAGGGACCGCGCCGCCAGCCAUGGCUCAGUCGGACGCCGAGGCCUUGGCAGGCGCUCUAGACAAGGACGAGGGUCGGGCCUCCCCUUGUACACCUAGCACGCCAUCUGUCUGCUCACCGCCUUCUGCCGCUUCCUCCGUGCCGUCCGCCGGCAAGAACAUCUGCUCCAGCUGCGGCCUCGAGAUCCUGGACCGGUAUCUGCUCAAGGUCAACAACCUCAUCUGGCACGUGCGGUGCCUCGAGUGCUCCGUUUGUCGCACGUCUCUGAGGCAGCAGAACAGCUGCUACAUCAAGAACAAGGAAAUCUUCUGCAAGAUGGACUACUUCAGCCGAUUUGGGACCAAGUGUGCACGGUGCGGCCGACAGAUCUAUGCCAGCGACUGGGUGCGGCGGGCACGCGGCAACGCCUACCAUCUGGCCUGCUUCGCUUGCUUUUCGUGCAAGCGCCAGCUGUCCACGGGCGAGGAGUUUGGUCUGGUCGAAGAGAAGGUGCUGUGCCGCAUCCACUACGACACCAUGAUCGAGAACCUCAAGAGGGCCGCCGAGAACGGGAACGGCCUCACGCUGGAGGGGGCAGUGCCCUCGGAACAGGACAGUCAGCCCAAGCCGGCCAAGCGCGCGCGGACAUCCUUCACCGCUGAGCAGUUGCAGGUUAUGCAGGCGCAGUUCGCGCAGGACAACAACCCCGACGCACAGACGCUGCAGAAGCUUGCGGACAUGACGGGCCUCAGCAGGAGGGUCAUCCAGGUGUGGUUUCAAAACUGCCGGGCGCGUCAUAAAAAGCACACACCGCAGCAUCCCGUGCCGCCCUCCGGGGCGCCGCCGUCCCGCCUCCCUUCCGCCCUGUCCGAAGACAUCCACUACUCCCCGUUCAGCAGCCCCGAGCGGGCGCGCAUGGUCACCCUGCACGGCUACAUUGAGAGUCAGGUACAGUGCGGGCAGGUGCACUGCCGGCUGCCUUACACCGCACCCCCCGUCCACCUCAAAGCCGAUAUGGAUGGGCCGCUCUCCAACCGGGGUGAGAAGGUCAUUCUUUUCCAGUACUAGCGCCGUUGGCACUUCCGCAUCCGUCCGCGGGCAACCCACAACUGCCCCGCAGCCGCCGGAAGCCCGUGCCCGAGCCACUGCCAGGGGCCCACCCGCUCCGCACCCGCCCCUCG